CGCAGGCGGGCCCCCUUUCAGCACCCGCCAAAUUUGAUAUUCGCUUGGCUCUUGCGUGGAGCCGGGAAAUGCGGAAACCAAACGCACCAGCACCAGCACCAGCAGCGCCCUAGCCCAGGUCUUUAUUACCACCCAGCAAGGGUUGUCGCGACGGAGAAAAAGCAGGGUCAGGCGGACUGGACCCUGAACAGCAACCGCGGCACCCCGGACCAGCUGCCCUGGGUCGCAACGACCAAUCCAACCAGAAAAGAAGAAAAAGAGAGUAGAUGCACUGAGAAGCGGCAGCGGGAGUCGAGCAAACAAUAAUAAGGACAGGGGAAAAUAGUCCCAGCCGCCGCCGCCAGCCGGGCCAAGGGCCUCCAAAUUCGCAUUGCUCUCCUGCUCAUCUGCAAUCUGCACCCCUUUUGGCUCCGCAGCUUGGAAGUGGGGAGUCGCGCAUCCGAGAGAGAAUCGUCGAGAUUGACGCCGCCUCUUCUGGGCUGUCGGUCCCCUUUCGCACGCCGCCAGUGCAUCCCCAGACUUUUUUUUUCUUCCUCUUUUUCUUCCCUCCUUUACUUGCAUCACUACCUCUCGCGUGCAUAAUCGCCUAUUUCUUCUUUUCUGGCCCCCGCGCCCGCACCCUGUCCGACUCCCAGACCCGGCCUUCUUUGUCCACUCGAACACGUCGCCCCCCGAUCUCGCACCGUGGCCCUGAGCCUCGCCGAAAGCACAGGCGACAGCACAGUAACACGUCCGUGUUCCCGUUCGCCGUCGACGACGCCAAAGGAAGAUACCGAGCGAAACCAGGGCGACGGAUUGUCUUCAACCGUCAUUCUUUAUUAUAUUUCACCCCGUGCUCCUUCCCAGAUUGCUCCGCUCCAGAAAUUGUAGCAGUGCCAGGAACCAGCUCGCGACUACGCAAUCACUGUUUGGCAUCCCCCAAGGAGCGACUCGCAAGUGAAGAGUAGUAACUUGCGGCUGGCUUUGACACCUAAUUGUCUUAUUCCCAUCCACCUUGGGGCGUCCUUCGCGAACCGUACACCAAGCCCAACCCGACGAGCCUCGCCAACCCAUUGCAUUCACUUCCCUCCGCCCGCGUGGACCCCGAAGCCUUGCCGACCAAGGCACAGCCGGAGGAACCAAACCAGCCGCCUCUGCCCUACCGGUUAGGUAUCGAUAGCACAAGCAUCUUUCGCGCCGCAGGGUCGCACGACUUUGCCCCUCCAUUUCAGGGCGCAGCCGAUAUUCGUUGAUUUUUUUUCUUGUCCGCCGUGGAACAGGCCCGACGUGGCCCCCAGCCCACAGCAGUCAAGGUUGCCCCCGUUUUUAUUUCGCCUGGGCUCGCCGCGCGCGGUCGGACAAAGCACGGGCGGGAGAGCCAGUGUUUGUUAUGGUAUGACGCCGGGGCAAAUUCGACAGGAAUUUGCGCCAUCGAGACAUUCCUCUUGAGAGCCUGCGGGUGUACUUGGUUCGGCCUUGUUGUCCACCUGACAGCAGAGACGCAACCGCAAAACGGGGCGCAUCACAUCGGCGAGACCUGACCUGCUGUUUAUUGUCUGUCGCUGCCGCUGGCAUUCUGCAUAAGAUGUCGGAUCACCAAGGCCACCGAUCUGCGGGAUCGGGAUUGACACUCAAUCUUUCAUCCAACAACCCAUUCCGCAAUCGCGCCGUCUCCCCCACCAACCUUCCCCGGAGCCCGGCCUCGCCUUUUGACGACCCGGUGCCUCCUCCCCGUCCCACCUCGCGAAAUCCCUUUCUCGAUCCUGCAAACAAGCCCGCCCAGUCGCAGUCCCAGGGUGUGUUGAUUUCGACCGACGACAUGGAUUCCAAAACCGACCAGCGGUCUCCCACGGCCGAAGAAAUAUUUGACGCUCUGACGCUCGACGACGGUGCCAAAAAAGGCACGCCGCCACCUCCAUCAUCGCGACCGCCCAGGCCGCCCGGUGCUCGCGGAGAGAACGUGCCUCCGCCAGGACGACGUGGUCCUCCGCCGCCCAACCACCGUCCCACCCGCUCACAGGAGGAGGCCAUGAGGGCACGGAGGAUGCAUGGCGCUGGCCACAGCGGCUCCUCGAAUUCUCCUGGGAGACGCGGCGAGCGUCGCCCGCGCCGCAACUCGGAGUCGUCCGUCAUCAGCGCUGAUAAGGAAAAGACGUUGACGGACGAGGAGAAGAAAGCUCGUGACCAGCGACGCAGGGAGCGUGAGCGCCGUCACCGCUCGAGGGACUCGAAGGACAAGACGAAGCCCCCCAGCCGGAAGCUCGAUAUCAUCGACCAACUGGAUGCCACCAGCAUCUAUGGCACUGGCCUGUUCCACCAUGAUGGUCCAUUCGAUGCCCUCAACCCCCACCGCAACAAGAAGGGCAGCAGUCGUGCUCCCAUGCAGGCGUUUCCUAAGGACUCGCUGAACAACGUUCUCGGAGGAUCUGGACCCGUAAAUGCCCGCCCCGACCAUGCCACCUUCAUGGGCAACUCCAACGAAGAGGCAUUCAAGGAAUACGCUUCUCCGCUCGAUAAGCAGGGCUCGUCCAGCCGCGUGAUGCCUGUGUUCGAUCCCACCAGCCGGGGCUCUAUUCUACACGGCGAUGAGUCGCUGGGCUUGGGAACCUCGACCUUUCUCGAGGGCACCCCUGCGGCGCGGGCUGUCAUCCAGCGCCGCGAGGCCGAGAUGGCAGCCAACCAGGAGGAGAACGGGCUGCAGCGGAAGAAGUCGCUGGCCCAGCGGAUCCGCGGCAUCAACCGCGAUAAGCGUCGUGACUUUGAGCCCAGUGGUCGCAUGACGAACCCGGAUGGAGCCCGCCGUUCGCCGACAACCUAUGGUGCGCAAACCUCUUCCAGCGUACAGAACUCGAGGGGCGAGCGAAACCCCUUCUUCAACGAAUACGGCGAUAGGGGCGGCGAAGACGAGCUCAGCGUCCGGCGGCCCGAUGUCAGGACCAAGUCCCCCACCAGCCCCAUGCCACCUCUGGAGCGCAAGAUCACAUCCGAUUCCAACGGCGCCCCAUCGCCGCUCGACGACCAGGCUCCCAGGCAGGGGGGUGGCCUCCUGGCUCGUGUCAAGUCCCUGAAGGGUGGCCGGCGAGGACGACCCUCUGGAGGCGACCCCUCCCCUACUCUUCCCGGUACCGCUGCGUAGGGACGCUUCGGUACGCCACGGACCCCGAUACGGCCCGUCAAACUAGGACCCCCGAUCCUUGCUCAGGAGAGUUGUUCUUGACGCGGUCAAUGCCUCGUCUUUUAUCCCGUCCACCUUUCGCCGCUGCCGUCUGCUUGUUGAUCCUCAGCACAAGCGCAACAUAUCCGAUAUAGCAAUGAUUCACCACCGAACCUUCCACAUUGCGCCUCGUACGCCCAUAUAGAGAAUCCGCUACACUAGGGCCGACUGAGAGCCUGUCGGUGGCUUACGAUUCUGCGCCAGUCGACACCGGAUGCACCGGAGUAGAAACUGCUUCCUUCCUACUCGGCCCACGCGCCGAUUGCGCGAUAACCAUCUUACAGGACAUGCAUAUUUCUUGGCGCAGCCGAGACGUCUUUGCGGAGAUAUCAUGAUCUACGGACAUUCAUCAUGAAAAUGGGGGGGUCACCUGCUGUCUCGCGCUAGGGCACUAAUGUUCAUGUAUAAACUUUUGGGGUCGGUCCAGUUUUGGCAUCGGAAGUAGCUUCUUGUUUGCUUCGCUGACAUAUCGUUUCCGCUCCUCGACUGUCAAGCUGCAGAAUCAGCUAGCCUUGUUGCCUGUAGAGCAUUCCUCUGCACCCAAGCCCUAUUUCCUUUUCUCGUUUAGUUUUCUUUUCAGUCAUGUGUUCUUGGCACACUUGGAAGAAGGGAUUGCUGGUCCAGCUUCGUCAUAAAAAAACCUCAUGGGCUAUUAUCCGCUAGGGCUGGUAUCUCCUUAGGUCUACCUCAGUUUUUUGUCUUUAUCACCCUUGGGGAGCCUUUUCGUAUCUCUCCCCACAUUUCCUGUAAUGAGAGCGAAGAGUGAGCCAUCGCGUUAGGGUUUGUUUCAUGUCGAGGUGUUGCUGGCGUGAACGAUGUGAUUCUGUUGGCCGAUUGGGACGAAAGGGCCGUGGAAGAAUCGCCAGCCAGCUCCUAAUCAAGGUCCCCAAUACAUCAACCAUCAUUAUGACAUGUGUCCGGCUUGGUCCUCCUCUUCCAAACAGUCUUCAAACGUCCGAUUCUGGCCGGGUGGUGAAGCUGCCUGGCCCGGCGUCACGUGAG